AUGAGCAGAGUAAUACAAAACACAAUAGAAGAGGCAUCUGAAUUAAGAUCCAGAUUAGUAGCAGCUUACAUCCUCGGAACAAAGACAGAGAAGGUACUGAUUUUCUCAGCAAUGCUUAUGAUAGCAUUAUUUAUCAUAUUCUCAAUAGCAUUCGCAUGCAACAGAUUAUUCGGAAAGGCUGGUAAGUACGCAAGACAGCCACACGUUACAUACUUUUUCACUGGUAAGGAAGGUGAAAAAGCAAUAGAACAAAUUUCUGGAAAUUUAAACAAAUAUUAUGAUGAUGAUGCUAAAAAAAGCAUAAAUGAACUUUUCGCAAAAGUUAAAAACCAUUUUAAUGAAAAGAUGAAAACAAUAUUAAAUGAGCAAGCAGUAAGAAAACAACAAGCAGCAGCAGAAAUAGUAAAAGAUGCAGCAGCAGAUGCAUUAGUAGAUGCAUCAGCAGUCUAA